UUUUCUUUUUUUUCUUCAUUCAUAAUCCGAAGCGUCCGCGUGGCGUGCCGGGCGUGCCGGGCGUUUGAGCCUCGAGCGGUCGCGUGAAGGAGGGGAGCGCCAGGCAGCCGGGUGCCAUGGACGAGGACACGAGUGAAGGGCUGACCUACCAGAACCUGCUGCUCCUGGGCGCCAUCGCAGCGGCGUCCGCCUUCGUGGUCACCAUCCUCAUCGUCCUCGUCUGCGUCGGCUGCCAGAGAAAGAGCAAGAGCAAGCACCCGCCGGCCGGAGAGAAGGGGACGUCUGUGAAUAUGCAGGGUUCCCUUCGACACCCCAAACUGAACUCCAUGAGCAAGUCGGACACCCGGCUGCACGAGAUCAACCGCUUCCCCUGCAACGGAAACUCUGUUGGCAAGAGCCGGCCGGCCAGCAUGGACCUCCUGCUCCUCCACAGCCGGCGCUCCCAGACCGACCUGAGGCCGUCCCACGGGCGCCAGCUCCCCCAGAUCCCCACCAGUCCCCAGGGGUCGAGCCAGGGGGGAGGAGGGGAGCCGGGGGUGGGCAUACGGAACACCGCCACCCCCACCCGCUGCCUGGAUGACGGCCUUUAUGAGAGCGUGGGGGUCCGGGAAGGUGACCCCGUGGCCCCCAAGGGCCCCCUGGCCACCAAGGGCCCCCCGGCCCCCAAGGGCCCCCCGGCCACCAAGGGCCCCCCGGCCCCCAAGGGCCCCCCGCCCACGUCGAACAGCACGCCGGCUUCAGUCAGAGCCGCCCACAGCCCCCCCGCCCUGAACGUGAACGGCGACCGAGGGAACGGCGCCAUCAACGGGCCGCCGGCAGGAAGAAGUAACGGCGUCAACGGGUCCCCUCUGUCUUCUGUCACCUCCCUCGCCGCCCAGGAGCCGACGCCUGCUGAGUACGCCUCCUUACGCAGGUUCAGAAAGGUCGACAAGACCACCACCAGGAAGGACAACAGCAACGGGGCCGACAGUCAGUCCGACAGCCAGUCCAGCGUGGGCGACUCGCCCUCCGCUGCUCCUCCUCCUCCUGCUCCUCCUGCUCCUCCUGCUCCUCCUCCUCCUCCGCUGCAUCGCAAAGGACCGGAGCCCUUCCACCUGCACUCCUUCCCAAAGGAGGCGGUGUUCAUGGGCAACGGGGAGCAGUACAUCUGGAAGCCUCCGGAGGAAGAGGAGAUCAUCACCUUGCACCCGCCCCCGCUGCGCGCAGACAGCCUGCAGGCGCACCCGUUGCCCCCGACCGCAAAGGAGAUUGCAGACACCUACUCCAUCGUGUGCAAAACCCAGAAGAAGAAGCCACCGAUGGAAAACAACGGAUCGAAGACCCUCCCGCGCUCCUUCGGCGGGGGCUCCCGGGGGCGGGGCCGAGGCGUCCAGCAGGGCCAGGCGCGCUCCCAGGAGGAGCCCUGCUACGAGCCGGUGGGGGACCGGCUCUGGACCGCGGAGCCCGACCCGGCGUACGCCACCAUCGACGGCCACCGCAAGCGGGAGCAGGCGGCGGCCAAUAACGCCGCGGCCGGGGGUUCUGCCACUCUGAAGAGGAAGAAGCAGACCCCUCAGCAGCAGCAGCAGGCGGUACCUGCGCCGCCUCAGGGCUCAGGACCCCCCGCCCCGCCCGCCAGAGGCCCGCCCGGCGGGGAAAACUUCUAUGAGACCAUCAGCGAUGUGAAACAAGGGGCCAACAGCUCCAGCACCACCACCAUCUUCACCUUCAACGACGGGAUGGAGAUGUACGUCACCGGCCUGUAGCCGGGCCCAGAA